AUGAAGGAUUAUGAGGAAUUGGUAGAUUGGAGUGAAGAUGGAGACGAUUUUGAGUUUUUGGAGCAGGUAAUUUUUUUCACAAAUCUUACAAGGGAACCUUUAUUACCCAACACUUCAAAUCUUGAUGAAAUUUUGUCCGUGGACAGCUUUUGGGGUCAUAAGAACACCCUAAAAAUCUUAGUUACCCAAUGAACCUCUGAGCCAAGGUCUGGGCUCUCAAAAGUUCAAAAAUUGCCGAAAUUGGCUCAUAAAACACGUCAUAACUCAAUUUUUGAUCAAUUUUAUGAAAAAACUGAGUAGCGGAUAAUGAUCAGCGUUGUCGAUUUACCCAAAAACAUCGAUAAAUCAAAUUUUCAGAAAAAAUUUAGAUUUUGGAAAAAAGAAUGAGCAGGGGCACAUGAAUUUUCAGCCGAAAAAUGAAAAACUUCACAAUUUUUUGAAAAAAUGUGUUUUAUCAAUGUCCUUUCAGUAAAUCGACUAUGCUGAUUAAUUUUACUUUACUUCUUACAAAAAUUAUUUUGAAAUGGGGCUAUGAUGACUUUUAUGAGCUAAUUUUGGCAAUUUUUGAACUUUUGAGAGCCCAGAACUUGGCUCAGAGGUCCUAAAAUUUUUAGGGUGUUCUUAUGACCCCAAAAGCUGUCUAUGGACAAAAUUUCAUCAAGGUUUGAAGUGUUGAGUAAAAAUUCCCUGAAAAUAUUGCGUUUCUAGAAUCACGUUGCUCGUCGACCAAAUGUUUUGCCGAGGUUAUCCUCAUUCAACCCAACAUCAUAUUCAACACCUCGACCAAGUCGAGAAAACACGGCGAUUUGCAAUCAGAAACCAGUGAAGAAGGGGAAUCGAAAGAAGUUAUUGAAAAAAAGUGGAAAAGCGGCGAAGGUAAGAAAAUUUCCGAAAAAUCAAAUGAUUUCUCAAAAUUUUCCCUAAAUGAUGUUCUAUUUCAGCAUGCAACAAAGUCGAAAACUGGAAGUCGUCGAAAAUUGACAAAAAUGAUCGAAGAGCUGCCGGUAAGAAAUUUUCCCCGAGCUUUUCCUCAAAUGUUGUAUAAUUUCAGGUCACAGAUUAUUACAAUCGCCUAUCGAUUCGCAUCCUCGCCAGAAAACUCAUGUAAAUAAUUAAUCUUGUGAAUAUUUUCUGAAUUUUUUUAAUGAAUUUUUGUAAUUUUCGAAUUUUACCCUCUCAAAUAUCGGAUUUAUUUUUUCCGAAACAUAUUUCUUCCAAAAAAAAGUAGUUAGGAGUCAUUAGAUGGUCGUAAACUACUAUUUACAUCUUCUAAAUAGGGUGUUGUAAACUUUUCGCAACAUGUUUUUCUAGGUCGAAAACAUGGCCUAGAAAAAUCGGGUGGCCUAGGCCCGAUUUCUAGGCCAACCCUAGACGACCCCCGGGAAAAUAUAAAUAAAUAAAAAUAAAUAAAUAGUUUGAGCAAUUAGAAAACAACUGUUUUUGCUAUCUCAAAAAGUGACAGAUAUUAUUAUAAGCUACGCAAUUUACAACCAGCCAUAUAUAUUUCUUCUCCUAACUUCUGCUAACUCAUCAAUUUUGAGUUAUUCAACAGGAAGGAAGCAUCAUUUCAAGUUGCGCAAUGUGAUUUUUCUGUGUUGUAAUGUUUUUUUUUGCAAAAUUUUAAGAAAAAACGUGACCUAAUUUUUUUUUGACGCUCUAAUUUUUGAAAAUCCGGUUAUUUUUUGAAAAUUUGAAUUUUGAAAGUGAUCGGAAAAGUGAGUAUUUGAAGGAAAUUCGGGUUUCUGGGCAAAAAAUCGAUUUUUCGAAAAAGUGUGUCAACACCGACUGCCCGCAAACACCAAAACUUACGCGCAAAAAUAAAAUAACGACACUCCGCUCAAACAAGCCGAGUAUCGUUGUUUUACUUUUACUUUUUUUUUUUUGGUUUUGGAAGCGACUAGUUUCUAGUUUCUAGGCUAAAAAUUGGAUUUUCUGUUGAGAAUUUGGAUUUCUAGGCCACCACUUCGACUUCUAGGCCACGUUAUGUUUGUUGUUGAAUUUACUGGUGAAAUUUAUGGUUUUUCGAGAGUAAGUUGGUUUUCUAGGCCACCAUUUGGAUUUCUAGGCCAAAAAUUGCAUUUCCAGGCCACAAUUUGGGUUUCUAGGCCACCACUUGGAUUUCCUAUUAAAAAUUCAGGUUUUCAGGCCAUUUUAUCCCUUUUUACAGAUUUCUAGGCCACCAUUUGAGUUUCUAGUCCAAAUAUUGAAUUUACUAGUGAAGUUUUUGAUUUUUCGAGAAUAAUUUGGUUUUUUAGUCCACCAUUUGGAUUUCUAGACCACAAAUAGAAUUUACCAGUGAAAUUUAGGAUUUUCCAAGAAUAAUUUGGGUUUCUAGGCCACCACUUGGAUUUUCUAUUGAAAAUGCAGGUUUUCAAGUCAUUUUACCCCUUUUUACAGAUUUCUAGGCCACCACUUGGAUUUCUAGGCCAUGAAUUAGAUAUCCAGCCUAACUCAGUUGUUUUUUUUUGGAUUUCUAGGCCAUUUCGGCCUUGGUUUCGAUUUCUAGACCGAAAUUUGAGUUUUUUGUGAUUUUUUCGAAAAACAUUCUAAAAAACCUAUUUUCCACGUGAAAUAGAUAUAUGACGUGGCAAUUUAGAAAUGCCAGAUAAUUUUUCAGUGAAAUUUUAUUUCAGAAAAUUGCACAUUGCUCACCGGCUGCUGAAAAUCAUCGUCUCUGA